AUGGAGUCUCGCGUCAAGUACCUGGAUGAGCUAGUUUUGGCAAUUAAAACCUCCAGGGACGAAGAGUCGCCUAACCAGGUCUUUCCUCCUGAGCCGCCGACCAACGGUGAUCAUAAGUCCUUCAAAGUAGUUGUGACGCUACUAAAGAACCUCAAGUCACCCGGGGUGCCUAGCAGCGUCUUCGUGAGAUCACUUGAGGCGUUGGAUCUUCUUUUCCAGAGCAAAACAUAUCUUCUUCUCGGCGCGGUUGAGACGGGCUCCACCGAGUCUGGUCUUAUAUGGCUACUGAAACAAAUACUGGAGGUAUCAACUACGCAUUGGGAAUCUGUUCAUUACAAAUGGCUACUGAAGCAAAAGGUUGCUUCCUGGUGCAAACUCGCUUCGGAUUGCCAGGAGUUUGAGGCCAAAAGUCUAAUAUCUACGUUUGUAUUCGGGCAGGUCGCAAAAUUGGAAACGCAGCUUACAAGUGUUUUUAACAAGCCCCUCGAAGAACAUCUGUUCACAGAGAUCUGCAAAAGGAUACAUGCGCUAUGUGAAUGGUGUAAUCAUAAAGGUUUUCAAUCCUCGGUUUUAAUGUUUGAUGAAACGCUACAAGCUAACAAGUGGGACUAUUUUUUCCAGAGGCUUGUCAGGAUUGUGCUCUACGUUCUAGACUCUAUUUCCAACGACGCUAUCGCUAUCGAGGAGCUACAAGUCAAGUUCAUAUCUCUUGUCACUAGCUAUGUGGUCAUGAAGGGAACAAAAUAUAGAGGGCUACGUCGCACUGCGAAUUAUAAAUUACCCUUUUCAUAUGCUUUGGAAACGAUAAACCCUUUUUUGACAUCUGUUGGACGCUCACUAAAACCUCAAAACGAUGCUCUUUUUGCAAAGUGCGUGCUUAGACUUUUCUCUAUUGCAAUCGCAGAUGCUUCGACAUUUGAGCUGUUCCAGGAAACCUGUCCGUUUGAAGAAUGGCACGAAACUUACGUUACAGGCGGCAUUGAUCCAAAGCUGUUAAGUUACACUGAAAAGGCCCUUAUAUUGGUUUUUUAUGAUUGCAAAAGACGGUCCGCAAAACCAUCUCAGCUGGUUAUGGUAAACGAUGCUUGCAUUUUCAGUUCCGGAGAAUAUAAGAAACUUCACUCAGCUGUGCUGAGGCCUUUCGAUCAGAGCCGCCAGCUUGAAAAUCUCAGGAAGCACAUUCUACAGGGGUUUCAGCCCGACAUUUGGAGCCUCAAAAGUGCAGACUAUGCACUACUCGGCUCGAAAAUAAAUUCUAUCGAUACACAGAGUGCCUUUAAUGACUUGGAAAGCAUGAUAAUACGAAAUUUCAAACAGAAAAAUGUUCGUUCUCAAGUUUAUGUUCUAAGAAUAGUUGGGAAAUUAGCCUGUCAUGAGAGCAGUUGCGAGUGUAUUAAAAACGACUGGAAUUCGUGUUUUAUAUGCGAAAAUUCUCUUCCGGGUGCCUCGCUUGACCUUAUUGAUCAGGAGAGGCCAGAUGCUUUAACAAAAAGUCAUGCUUUCAGGUUACUUUUGACGCAUUUUAUUAAAAACCAAGACUUGUAUGAAUUUAGCGAGUCUCUCCUUACAGCACUCAUAUUCGCACUGAAAAGGGUUUUUGCUCACUUCAAGCCUCCGAACAUUAUUCCUCAGGAAAAGAACAAAGAGCCACAACAGCUUCUUUCCUCACUAGUGAAACACCUUUUCUUGACACCUAACAGAUACAUUCGUCUUGUAUCCGUGAAUUUGGUUUCUUCCUGGAGUUUUUCAAAUGCUCACGGUUUGGAUGAUUUACAAACAGCGUAUUUCAUUAGUUUUUUGCAAGAGAGGACAUACCCCUCUUUUACCGAGACUUCUCUUAUGGCGUGGGUUUGUCUGACUUUAUCAACGAAAGGUGACUAUUUCGAUCCUUUGUUGGUAAAAUUAAUAGAUAUGUUCAAUUCAACCGAUUUUGCUGAGCGCAGUAUGAUGACUCACCAACUAAGGUAUGUUUCGUGGCUCAAGAAAAAGACUCCCUACCAGCUUCUUUCUCCUAUAUUACCUACCCUCCUGAAGCAAAUAGGGAAAAACCUGGUUGAGAAAAAGCUCACAUUUCAGAGACUGGCGGACUUUCUUGAGUACCCUCAAAAAACCAUAUUAGAGAAUUUUCAGAGGUAUAUUGUACCUUAUGCAAUUACCCAGUACAAAAAUGAUGUGAUUACUGAAAUCUCAAACAUAAUGUGCGACUAUGAAGAAGAUGAACUCUCAGCUCAAAAGGAGAAGCUUUUGAAAAAAAAUAGUCGGCAAAUCUUUGCUGUUGCUCUUGUAAAACAUGGAUUUUUUUCUGUUGAUACCUUGGAGUCGCUGUUUGUUAAUUGCUUGCCAACUUUUGACAGGAGCUACGUUACGGGAUACCUGCCCGAUUACAAGACUCUUGCAGAGAUUCUGAAACUAUACAAAAACUUUGACGAGCAUUCAGAUUCCAAAACUAGUAACGAAUCUAUGAUCCUUAGUGCUCUAAGAUUUUUGUUCACUAAAUUCAAUACAGAAAAACGCCGCAGCUCGCGAUCAAAGCUUUUGGCUGAUUGGUCUGAUGAACUAGAGGCAAGAUUUCACAAAGAGUUACAAGAGAAUAUAUUGGGAAUUUUCCAAGUUUUCUCCAGUGAUAUGCACGAUGUUGAAGGACGUACCACCUAUUUUGAAAAACUUAGAGUUAUCAACGGUAUCCAUUUUCUAAUAAAGCACGCGUCUUCGGAGUGUAUUAUUUCUGCGUUGGCCCAAAUAAGCAUAUGUUUGCAAACUGGGCAAGAGGUUCCUGAGAUCAGGGCCAACGCUUUUUGUUGCUGGUUUGACCUAAUUAAGCGUUUAACGCAAGAACAACUAUCUACAGUUAUUGAUAGCUUUGUCCCAUUUAUGCUCCAAAAAUGGCACAACUUCAAUCAAAAGUCCAAAAGAAUAGUGCGGAACAUUUUGAAUGUUCUCAUAAAUGAAAAAAAAGAUCUUAUAUUGAGUACAAGACCAUAUAUUACCGUGGCUUUGGUGAACAUGCAUGAGCUGCGUGCCUUAGAGGAGAACAAGUCUUUUGCAAGGCUCGUAAACAAAGUUCUUUAUACCACUAACUGGUAUCAAGAGUAUUCGAAGAAUUUGCAAAGUAAGAACAAUUACCUCAUCCACCAAAGUCUCUGUGACGUCAGGUCUUUGCUGUUAAAAAGACAGAUCGAGAACUAUGCCCGCGCAGAGUCGAGUGGUUCAUUAAAGUUUGAUAUUGCUAUGUUAUUGGGAAGUCUACUGGAUGCUUCGUAUAGAUUUAGAGCGGAUAAUCUAGAACUCUGCAAAGAGUGCAUAGCAGUUAUCGGCAUCAUUGGGGUUUUAGAUGCGACGAAACACCAACUCCCACGAAUAUCAACACACAUGAGAGAUGUUUAUGACUUUAGUGACCAUUCGCAGACCAUAAAGUUUCUCAUAAAAAUAACAGAUAGCAUCCUAGUUCCAGCUUUUUGGGAAUGCGAGAACCCUACUAAGCAGCUUUUUGUGGCAUUGGUGAUGCAGGAGUCUUUGAAAUAUUGCGGCCUCAGCGCUUCCUCUUGGGAUAUUCAAAAACCAGACUUGUAUCCCAAUGAAGCUAAAUUAUGGGCUAGGUUCAACGACAUUUCAAAAACAACUUUGUAUCCACUAAGGUCUUCGUUAUACAUGGCUCAAUCUUGGAAAGAAUAUAGCCCAAUAUCGCAUCCGUCAUUUAACCCUAAAGAAGGAUACAGGAGCUGGCUUAAAAACCUCACUUUGGAUCUGUUAAAAACAAGCACUGAUGAAAGCCAUCCUCUUCAUGUUUUUUCCUCCUUAAUACGUGAGGAUGACGGUUUUUUAUCAGAAAAUCUGCUUCCCUAUGUGAUAAUGGAUAUACUAAUAAAAGCAGAAGAGCAUACUACCUUCAAAAGAUUUGCGGACAACCUUGCUUUAGAAUUCACGUACAUUUUUGAGCUUGAGCAUCCUUCGCUUAACCAUUAUCAAGUCGAUUCCCUCAAAAUGUGCUAUGAAAUAAUAUUCAAAGUGUUUGAAUACUGCAAGAAAUGGAUAACACAGUUCAAGCAAAAUUACUACAAAAAGUAUGGCACUUUUACUAUACGCGAGCAGAAGACAUCCAAAAUUAUUGAAAGAAUUAACAAUUUCUUGGUAAUCAUCCCUUAUGGACUCCUGGCACAAAGAUCUUUAGAGACUGAUUCUUUUGAAAGGUCCGCACUAUAUCUGGAACAAUCCUACAGAAUUAAAGACGGAAGUUAUUUUGGAAAUGAUAAGCUCCUCCCAUAUCUUCAGAGAACAUACGCCGAAAUUGGUGACAUUGACUCUGUUGAUGGUGUUUUGAAGGUUUUCUCUACAGGUAGCGUCACAUCCAAAAUCGAAGAGCUGCAAUAUACGCCAAAUUGGGGAAUGGCGCAGCAAUGCUUUGAAGCUCUGGGUAAUAUUCCAGAGCCCUCUGAAAAAUACAAAGAGCUAUGCUUCUCAGGAAAUACCAAGAUGCUGAAAUCGAUGUACGACCACCAGCAGUAUGACCAAGUUCUUGCAAAACUUGCAUCCUUGGUACCAAGUCAAUAUAAGUCUACGGAUUGCACCAACAAUGAAUGGACAAGUAUGGGGAUUGAAUGUGCAUACCUCAGUGGGCAAAACGAUGCUCUUGCGGAAUGGGUUGCUCGGUUAGAGAGCUGGGAGGGGCAAAAUGACCCAAUGACCUGUUUGCACUACAAUUUCGGAAAGCUUAUUUUGGCGCUUGCGCAGGGUGAUAAAGAUAAAGCUCUACUCUACUCGGAGAGGUGUCACAAGGUUAUAGGCGCCAAGUUUUCGGUCUCAUCGAUAAACACUACACUUCUUAAAGUCCGUGAUAUUAUUCUAAAACUUCAUGCUAUUAGGGAUCUUUGGAUAAUUUCAGGCUCCUCUGAGUCUUCCACUAUCGAUGCAGUCGAGAAAGUUCUGAAAGUUAGGCUUGAUAACAUUGGAACGGACUUUGAACCCCGUCAUUUCCUGCUUUCAGUACGGAAAUCGUUUAAUUUGUUGAAAAAUGAAGGAAGUAAUAGCUUAACCUUGGCAGAGGACUUUUUCCGGAUCGCACAAAAUGCGCGGGUAAACUCGCGUGCCGAUCUUGCCAGUAGCGCUUUGAUUCCUGCUUUAAUAUGCGAUUUUCCAAACGCCGACCUGGAGUACGCUGAAGUACUGUGGAAUCAGGGUGAAAACGAUAAAGCGAUCAAACUGGUUGCAGAAAUACACCAGAAAUUGCAAAGCCGGCCCGGACUCAAACCAAGAGAGCGCGCUAAAGUUUACCUGAAAUACACAGAAUGGCUUGAUUUUUCAAACAAUUCUAUUUCAGAACAAAUAAUAAGACAGUAUAACGAUGUCAUCCGCACCGAUUCUUCUUGGAGCGAACCAUAUUACUCACUCGGACUUUAUUUCAGCAGACUUCUGGAAAAGAGAAGUGCAGAAGGUUUUGUGACGAAUGGUAAAUUCGAGAAUAAGUCAAUAUCCUAUUUUCUUCUAGCGUUUGAAAAAGAUACUACAAGAGUAAGGGAAGCUCUUCCUAAGGUCGUUACUUUUUGGCUGGACACCGCGCACAUGUAUGUCAGCGAGUCAAACUCGGCUCGUCGAGAAACGCUAAAAAGGUCAGUCGAGGACCAGUGUAAAAAAAUAGAGAGUGCAAUAAAAGCGUGCCCCGCGUAUAUUUGGUACUCUGUUCUGACGCAAUUACUUUCCCGUUUGCUGCAUCCGCACAAGACCUCCAUGCAACUCAUGAUGCAUAUAUUGCUAAAUUUAGCUACCGAGUACCCUUCACAUAUCCUGUGGUAUGUUUCGGCAUUGAUGAAUUCAAGCUCGUCAACCAGAGCCGCAGUUGGAGCUCAUAUAGCUGAACAAUUCAAGCAGCGUGCAGGCGGCACGGCUGGGUUGUUAGACUCUUCCGAAGCUUUAGUCAAGGCACUAACCAAUGUCUGCGUUACAGAAGUCAAGUCGUCUAGUAGUAGAUCGGGGAGAUUCCUCGACAAAGAUUUCAACUUUGACAUGAAAAUGGCACCAUGUAAUAUGGUAGUGCCAAUAAGUGCCAACCUUGAAAUGUUAACACCUAGUUCUGGUGAAAGUUUGUCAGGAUUCCAUGCAUUUAACAAGGUGAUUUCGAUAGUGAAAUUUGGCUCCUCUUACAAGAUCUUCUCAUCACUAAAGAAGCCAAAAAAACUAAAUGUUGUGGGCUCCGAUGGCAGAAUAUAUGGUAUUAUGUGCAAGAAAGAAGAUGUCCGCCAAGACAACCAGUACAUGCAGUUUUCGACAACGAUGGAUUUUCUACUGAGUAAAGAUUCCGCGUCAAGAAAAAGAGGCCUUGGUAUAACAACUUACGCCGUAAUGUCAUUGCGAGAGGACUGCGGAUUGAUUGAAAUUGUUCCAAACGUCACGACUCUUCGGUCGAUUCUUGUUACCAAGUAUGACAGCAUGAAAAUAAAAUAUAGCCUCAAGGCAUUACAUGACAAAUGGCAAUCCCUGCCUGAUGACCAGAAAUUAGGAUUCUUUAAGGAUCUGCUACUGAAGUUUCCUCCCGUGUUGUAUCAAUGGUUUCUUGAGAUAUUUCCUGAUGCCAUUGCAUGGUACAAAGCCAGAAGUACUUUCUCAAGGUCAUAUGCAGUUAUGGCCAUGGUCGGACACAUUCUGGGAUUAGGAGAUCGCCACUGUGAAAACAUUCUAUUAAACGUCGAGACAGGCAAAGUUCUUCACGUUGAUUUCGAUUGUUUGUUCGAAAAAGGGAAGCGUCUACCCAUUCCUGAAAUCGUUCCCUUUAGACUCACACACAAUCUGGAAGAUGCACUAGGAAUCACCGGAACGGAGGGAACCUUUAAGAAGACCAGUCAAGUUACACUUGAGUUGAUGAGAGGCAACGAAGUCGCUCUCGUUAAUAUUAUUGAAACCAUAAUGUACGAUCGAAACAUGGACCAUUCACUUCAGAAGGCUCUCAAAGUUCUACGCAACAAGAUCAGGGGUAUUGACGCGCGCGACGGGCUCGUCUUGAGUGUUGCAGGCCAAGUUGAAACUGUGAUUCAAGAAUCCACCUCCGAGGAGAACUUGAGUAAGAUGUACGUGGGAUGGUUGCCGUUUUGGUAG